UCAAUACAGGGUUGUCUUUUUAAAAUUAUAUUUUAUAUAAUUGAUUUUAAAAAUUUAAAAGAUUGCUAUUGUUACAUGGAUAAGUGUUGCAUGUGGAAUUGUGAGUCUAAUUAAAUGUGAAUAUUGCAUGAAUUUUUGGUAUAAAUGGAUUUUCUGUAAUUGUUGUUUAUCGGUGCCAGAACUGUGAGUUUAAUUAUUAUCAGAAUGAGUCAUAUGUUAUUUAGAUAUUUUUAAAUGAUUUAUAUAUGGAUAUAUAAAUGUCCUUUCAAAACUUAUUUCAAAUAUUAUUUCUGAAAAUACAGAGGUUUGUCAUGUAAAAGUUAGAUGGUUGAUAUGUGAAUAUAUGUAUUACAUGAUUAAGUGUUACGUGUGUAAUGAUCGUGUAACCAGUUAUGGUUAUUUACAAAUAUUAUUUGAAUAUUUGGUAAAUUAUUUGAUAACUAGUUUUCUAUUUUGAUUGCUUAUAUAUGUUGCAAUCACGAGUUUUCAAUUUUCAUAUUCUCAGAAUAAAAUAUGGAACAUUUGGGUAUUUUCUAGAUAAUUUAUAAAUAAUAUGUGAUAUUUAUAUGAAUAUUUGUGAGACUUGUGUUAUCUGGUUUAUUGAAUUGACUGCUCAUAUGUGUUCGGAUUUGAGAUAUUUCAAUUUAUUUAUGAUCAGGAUAAAAUAUAGUUUAAUUGGAUAUGUUCAUAUCGAUUAUUGGAUUGCUAUGUGAUUUUAUAAUCGAUUUACGGAUUUAAUCUCGUUUAAUUAUUAAUUAUAUUAAAAUAGUUAUUUAGCAAUUUAAACCCGUGGGCGUUCGGGAGAAUUUCGCCAUUAGGCUAUUUGGGACAUUCUGAGCAUUUCUCGUGUUUUAACUUUUUCAAUCCGGAGUACGGUUUGCCCCGUAAAUGAUCCGGUACGGUUUUAUUAAUAUUUUUAAAGUUAAUAAUUAUCUGAUGGUCUCGAAGUACGUAAAGCAUAUUCCAGGAAUAUUCCAAAGCAUAUUCAAGGAAUAUGCCAAAGCAUAUUCAAGGAAUAUUCUCUUAUCUUCUUCUAUAAAUAUCCUUUACCAGUUUAUUUCGCACGUACAAUCAUUUCGUCAGUUUCUCUGCACGAAUACCGAGAGAAGACGAACGGGUGUUCUUCGUGUUCUUCAUAUUCAAACGAGGAUUUGAAGGCGUUAUUGGAAUCCAAUGGAGGCGUAUAAAUAGUCAAAACGAAGCUCUCGAUGCGUAGAAUCAAGUUUAAUCAUUUAUUUCAGUGCAGAAUCAUCAGGGUUUGGACGAGACGGAUACGAUCGAAGACGUUCAGAAGGUCAAACGAUGUUACAAAGCGAAUAAGGAACGAAUCGAGUAAACGAAACAGUGUGGCGAAUAGAGUAUAGCCAAAGAUGAUCUAGAGGCUAUGAUAUGCAUAGAGUGUGAAAGUGGAAAGAUGAGAUUGAGAUAUGAGACUGAAAUCGGAUUUAAGGCAAGUUUUCCUAAAUCCUUCCUCCUAUAUAUAUUGCAUGUUCUGAGUAUUCUGUCAACGUUAUGAUAUUGUUUAUACUGAAACCCUUCUCAGAUAAACUCUUUCUUAUGAAUCCCAUGAUUGUUUUAUUUUUCCAAGUUUUGAAAAGCCAAACACCUGAUUACUCUCAACUUUCUAUUUUGAUCCAUUCUUUCCAAUCCUCAAGAUUUUAAAAAUACCAGUUCUACAAAUUAAUUCGAAGUUCAGACCGUCAUUGAAGCAUGUGUUGCUCAGUGAUAGUUAGAGCCUAGAAUGAAAUGGGAUCUUCUUGAUUAUUCAACCCGCCAUUGUCAUGCUGGUUUAGCAGGCUAAAUUCAGUUGCUUAGCCGAUAAUGGAGGAUACUGAAUAGUUAGGAAUUUCCUGAACUAUGAUUUAUCAAAAGACAGACUGUGGUUUAUGAAAUGUUGAUUCCCAAAAGUUGAUUUGAAAUAUUUCUGUUGCUGAUAAUGAUUAUGAUUCUGUUCUGUUGAUUGAAUUGUCUAUUGAUUUCAAUUGUUAGAAUUGGAUUAGUUUUUAUAAAAUAUGUGGACCAGAUUCGUGGUCAAUCAUAGGCCAAUGUGUGCCUUGGAUCCAGUAUAGAGAGCAGGGCUGUGUGCCAUGUUCGGGGUUAGUGCGUGACUGAUCAGCAGCCUAACCUUUGGUUUUUAAGUAAAAAUGUGAUGAAUCCAAUUCGACAAUUCUUCUAAAAGCUUAGAGAUGAAUUGCUUGAUUGAGGUUGCGAGUAUGGCUAAGGCUAAGCGAGGAGUCAGAGUUAUAGAAUAUCCAGAGGACAAGUGGAAUGUCCAUGGAGAUUGUCAAGAAUCCAGACCCCCGGAUUCUCGGGCUGUCACAGUUGGUAUCAGAGCAACAGGUUAUAAGUUAUUGAAAUUAGAAUAUAGAUUGUGGUUAUAAGUUUUAUUGAGGAGAAGUGUUCAGUGACCUCAUAUAGAGGUAUUGUGAGACUGUCUAGGGAUAGUCUAGAGAGUAAUCAGAAUAGAAUCUAGAUAGUUAACUAAGUUGGGGGUACAUGUUUAGAUAGAUCAUGGUUCCUAAGUCUAGACACUUGGUUUCUAGUAUGGGGACUGAGUGAGAUAGUGAGUUGUGAUAAGGGUCAGAGCUAGACCUAGUCAAAAGAGUGUUGAUAGUGAAUGAUUGAGUGAAGAAUGAUAAAGAUGCAUGGUUCAAAAUAUUCUGACCAUGUUACAUAUUUGAAAGUGGUUUAUCGUUUGAAUUGAGAUGUAGAAGAAUGGGUGUUGAAUAUGAGAUAUUGUGAAUUAGAAAGAGAGUUUUGUAGAUAGAUGUGAUGUGAAUGAUAGAGAGUAUGUGGAAUUGAGUCUAGUUAUCAGAAGUAAUAUUGUGAGUGAGAUAGAACGUUAGUCUUAACGACGACGCUUCAAGCUAACCGGGAUUUCUUCUGAUAUCAAGAUGAGCCAACUUCAUUGCGAACGAUAAUGUCUACAAGGGAUCUUACGAAGCUAUCACGAGCGAGAACGUCGAGAAAAAGACAUACCUUGAACAACGGCUUAUGGGAGCAGAGCAAGAAUUUGAGAAGACCUUGGCAAUAUCUUUCUUCAAGAAAAGCUUAUUUUAACUCUUUUCAUCAUCAUUAAGUCCUUAUUGGGAUAUCUUUUCUACAAAAGUUUUGACAAACGAGAUUUCUUAUUUCUUGAAUGACGAGAAAACAAUGGUAUUGAUUAUUGAUAUUGGUAUUGAUUCUUGGUGUGUGAUAAAGGUUAUUGUGAGAAGACAAUGAUAUUUCUUGAUAUUCCUUGAUAUUCUUUGAUAUACCUUGAUAUCUCUUGAUAUUCUUUGGUAUUCUUUGAGAUUCCUUGGUAUUUCUUCCAUAUGAUUGGGAUGAACAACCCUAUGUAUAGGGGACACAAGGUAUACCUGUCUAUGUGAUAGGAGUUGGAUGGGACGCCAUCACUUGAGUGUGUUGUGAUUACAAGAAGGUUAACAACCUUUAGUAGUGUCUAAUAUGGGCACGCAACACUAAGUUCGUUUGAUCAUAUUGAUCUCUCAGUCACUCUCUUAUUCAAACAUGACCUAUUUUGAAAACAUUUUGUCCCAUUCUAUGUUUUAAAGAUUGAUUCUAAGAACUGAACUUUGCAAUUGUAAAAGAUUGAUUCUCCUAUUUCUUUAAAGUGAAAGGUAUGCCAAGAUCGAUUAAAGGUGGGGGAUGAUAUUACAAAGUGCGUACGUUUUAGUUCUCUUCGCGGAUUCUGAGGACAGAAUCCUUAUAAGGGGGGUAGAAUGUAACAUCCCAGAUUUUCAGAAUUAGUUUAUUAAUAUAGAAAUAAAUUUUUGAAUAUUACUAUUGGCUUUAAUUGAUUUCUUCUGAUAAGAUGAACGGUCUGUGUAAUAUGAGUAUAAUUGUGAUGUGAAUUAUAAGGUUAAAGACGGAAGAUGCAUUCUUCUGUUGUGAUUUCGUUUAUUUUAGCGACCCGGAUUUUUCAAAAAAAUUGUUUAUCUUUAUAAAAGUAAUUUUCUUAGAAAGAGAGGAAUAAAGUUUAAUAUGUUAUUUUAGUUUAAUGUGUUUUCAAAAUUGUAUAUUUAAAUUCCGGGUUAUUGUUUUAUCAAUACAGGGUUGUCUUUUUAAAAUUAUAUUUUAUAUAAUUGAUUUUAAAAAUUUAAAAGAUUGCUAUUGUUACAUGGAUAAGUGUUGCAUGUGGAAUUGUGAGUCUAAUUAAAUGUGAAUAUUGCAUGAAUUUUUGGUAUAAAUGGAUUUUCUGUAAUUGUUGUUUAUCGGUGCCAGAACUGUGAGUUUAAUUAUUAUCAGAAUGAGUCAUAUGUUAUUUAGAUAUUUUUAAAUGAUUUAUAUAUGGAUAUAUAAAUGUCCUUUCAAAACUUAUUUCAAAUAUUAUUUCUGAAAAUACAGAGGUUUGUCAUGUAAAAGUUAGAUGGUUGAUAUGUGAAUAUAUGUAUUACAUGAUUAAGUGUUACGUGUGUAAUGAUCGUGUAACCAGUUAUGGUUAUUUACAAAUAUUAUUUGAAUAUUUGGUAAAUUAUUUGAUAACUAGUUUUCUAUUUUGAUUGCUUAUAUAUGUUGCAAUCACGAGUUUUCAAUUUUCAUAUUCUCAGAAUAAAAUAUGGAACAUUUGGGUAUUUUCUAGAUAAUUUAUAAAUAAUAUGUGAUAUUUAUAUGAAUAUUUGUGAGACUUGUGUUAUCUGGUUUAUUGAAUUGACUGCUCAUAUGUGUUCGGAUUUGAGAUAUUUCAAUUUAUUUAUGAUCAGGAUAAAAUAUAGUUUAAUUGGAUAUGUUCAUAUCGAUUAUUGGAUUGCUAUGUGAUUUUAUAAUCGAUUUACGGAUUUAAUCUCGUUUAAUUAUUAAUUAUAUUAAAAUAGUUAUUUAGCAAUUUAAACCCGUGGGCGUUCGGGAGAAUUUCGCCAUUAGGCUAUUUGGGACAUUCUGAGCAUUUCUCGUGUUUUAACUUUUUCAAUCCGGAGUACGGUUUGCCCCGUAAAUGAUCCGGUACGGUUUUAUUAAUAUUUUUAAAGUUAAUAAUUAUCUGAUGGUCUCGAAGUACGUAAAGCAUAUUCCAGGAAUAUUCCAAAGCAUAUUCAAGGAAUAUGCCAAAGCAUAUUCAAGGAAUAUUCUCUUAUCUUCUUCUAUAAAUAUCCUUUACCAGUUUAUUUCGCACGUACAAUCAUUUCGUCAGUUUCUCUGCACGAAUACCGAGAGAAGACGAACGGGUGUUCUUCGUGUUCUUCAUAUUCAAACGAGGAUUUGAAGGCGUUAUUGGAAUCCAAUGGAGGCGUAUAAAUAGUCAAAACGAAGCUCUCGAUGCGUAGAAUCAAGUUUAAUCAUUUAUUUCAGUGCAGAAUCAUCAGCGGUGCGUCGGUGUUGAUGGGUCGGCAAAGUGGCAGGGUCAAGACCAAGGAGGUGAGAAGGCCGAUCGAGAAAGAGAGAGAAGUACAAAGAUAUAAAUAGACGUGACCGCCGUCAUUCACUCCUACUCAAAAAUGGAGCCUCUCAGACCAAAUCCAACACUUUCCAACGAUCUCAUCAGCGAGAUUCUCGUACGCGUGCCAGUGAAAUCACUAAUUCAGUUCCAAUUAGUCUCCAAAACCUGGCUUUCCCUGAUCAAAGACCCGGUCUUCGUCAAAGCCCAACUCCGCCGAGCAAUCAGAAGCGGAUCUGAUGAAACUCUUAUGCUUGUCCGCUAUUCAUGUUCCACUUCGACGGAAAGUGCUAAGCUGAAGUUAUCACUCUUUGACGUGGACUCGAAACAAAUUGUGUCUGAAAUUAAGUAUCCGUAUUCUCAAGGUGAGUAUAGAUCCCUGCCUCCUUUAACAGUUGUUGGUUCUGCUAAUGGCAUUGUUUGUGUUGUCCUUCACGAAACUUCACGCAUGGAUAGAUUCUUUCUUUGGAAUCCUGCUACUAGACAAUCAUCAAGUGUUAUUCCUCGAAGGGGCUUGAGUACAUCCCGCGCUAUUGGUUUUGGUUAUGAUCCGGUAGAUGGGGAUUAUAAGAUUGUUGUUAUUGUAUCAGGGCCUUCUCUUCCGGCUGAAGUGUAUUCGGCUAAUAGGAAUGUAUGGCGAAAAGUGCCUGAUCCGAUUGACGGCCCUGAUGACUUCUUUCUAUGGCAUUUCCAUGUGUGUGUUAAUGGAUUUUUGUGUGGUAUUGAGAAGGGUGUAAUGAUGGUGUUUGAUUUGAACAAGGAGGUCAUGAAUUGUGCUAUUAAGCUCCCUGUUGUUGCUGCUGGCGGUGUUGGUGUUGAUGGUGAUGAUGAUGAGGACGACUUUGACGAGGAUUUUUAUGAUGCUCAACCUGAAACUCGUAUUAUCGAGCUUGAUAAGUCUAUUGCUGUCAUUACGUUGUGGGCUGAUGCAUCGAAUGAUGACAGAAAUGGUUGGAGAUACUUGGACAAGAAGAUUAACAUGUGGAGGCUGGAUGAUGAUGCAUGCCUUGAAGGUGGUGGAGUUGAGGCAUCAUGGACGAUAAUGUUUUGUAUUGAUUUGGAGAUGUCAGGAAUACUUCUAAAUGGCUAUUUCAGCAAUGGGGAACUCCUACUACUAAUAAGAGAUGAUGCUGAUGAUUAUCACAUGUGGAUCUCGUGUGAUGCUGACAAGAAAGAGGCCAAGAUUGCUCGAGUUGAGAUGGCUGGUCAUCAUUACACUCAUCGUGUUGAAAGGUAUACAGAGAGCCUGGUUUCACUCCCAGGAUUCGAACAGAUUAAGGACUGGAAUGACCGCGAUGAUGAUAAUUAAGUAAACAUAACUGAUUGUGGUAAUUUUAUGCUACAUACAAAUGAAGCAACUCUGUCUUGUUAGUCACCAUUGGUAUGUUAUUGUAGUCAGUUUUGAUAGAUUGGCUAUAUUCAUCUGCUCUAAAUAGAUAGCUACAGAGUGUUGCCUUUGUUGUUAACUUUCCAUAUGUAUUAGUGGUCCAAUUCAGUCAACUAUCUAUGUUCGAGUUAGGUUAUAGAUUUCACUAAACUAAGUUGGUUAAAAUG